AUGACGUGGCAGAGUUUCCAAUAUCCCUGUGAUACAUUAUUACAAGACAUAAAACUCAGUACUAAUCAACAAACAGGCGAGAAAGUGAAAUUUACAUCAUGGAAAAGUACAUCUGAUCCAUCCUAUGGAAGAUUUUCUUUAGGUCUAGAGCAUCAUAAUGUUACUCAAUUGUUCAUAUGGAAAGAAAAUAGUCCUCACUGGCGGAGUUGUCCGUGGAAUGGUACAAACUUUAUUGGAGUACCUGGGAGGUCAUCUACGAUUGGAAAAUGCCUUCAAAUGAAAGAAGAUGAAGGAAUUUUUGAAAUUUCUUUUUAUUUCAUUGACAAGUUUCUGUUGACGACUUACCCUUUAGAUUCUCAAGGUAAACUGUCAGAUCAUACUCUGGAUUUCCAGAAAAAUGCACGCGAAUUGAGGUGGAGAAUUGGGGAUUCUGAGUGUGAUUUUUAUGGACAAUGUGGCCCAUUUGGGAUCUGCAAUUCACAGACUGUUGCUGGUACUGACGAGUCCAGAGUUUCGUCCGCCACUGCUAAGAUUCUCCCUACUCUGCUUCCCGUCCGACUUCCUCUCUUUUUUCUCAUUGUCGGCGUGUUGGUGGGAGUGCUUCAGAUUUUCUCCUCCUCCUCCUUCACAGUUGCUGAGCUACACCUUCUUCUUCCUCUUUUUGCUGCUGUCAACGUGAUUCAGCUGGAAUCUAGCUGA